AUGGGGACCGGGCGCAAGCCGAGAGAAUCAAGGGACUUUUAUUUCUUGUCAAGCAAGCCAUCUGCUAGUCCCUCGCCCAGGCUCUUGGGAGAUAUCCCAUUCGGUCUCCAUUGCCGGAGUUCAGAUGCUGCCUUGCCUUACCAUCCAAUCUCCUCCCACCAUAUAUGGCUCUGGACAAUCGGACCUCAGUUGAACUCUGCCGUUGGCAUUGAGCUGGAAAAUCCACCAUGUCAUCUGGGACGGCCGACGUUCUACGAGUUCCCCCAGUGGUCUCCCCGGAAGGUCCGGACGCGCUUGCUUCUAAGCAUGUAUGUUGGCUUUCUCGGACUUUUCGGACUCGCUGGGUGGACAAGCGCUGCCUGGUGGUUUCGACAAUUGCCAGACGAGCGAUCCGUAUACAAGCCUGCGAGCGGCGCAGCUGCCAUUGUUAUGCUCAAAGAUACGAUCCGGGAUAUACCCUUUCUCGAUGAACAAUUAACACAUAAGUCCACUAUAGCCAAGCGGUGGAAAAGGACUUCGGUUCUCAGCUUGGCUUGGCAUGAGGGUGCGCUAUGCCACGAUAAUCCCUCUUGGCACUCGGUCAAAAUCUGA